AUGAAUAAUUUUUCAAAGGAAGAAGUUGAAGUUGUUAUGGUUGGAGCAGGUCCAUCAGGUAUAGCUGUUUCGGCUUGUUUGAAUAAAUUGGACAUCAAAAAUGUUGUGUUAGAAAAAGAAGACUGUUGUGCCUAUUUGUGGAAGAAAAAGACUUAUGAUAGACUUCACUUGCAUUUAUCUAAGGAGUUUUGUUCAUUGCCUUUUAUGCCACAUGCAACUUCAUCACCUAAGUAUUUGCCAAAAAUUGAAUUUAUUCAAUACUUAGAUGGGUAUGUUGAACAUUUUAACAUCAAACCAAAAUUUCAAAAUUGUGUUGAAUUAGCCUUUUACAACAAUGAUAAAAAGAAAUGGAAUGUCAAAUCAAGACAUGUGGCUAGUGGAGAAAUGGAAUGGUAUGCUUGUGAUUUCUUGAUUUUGUCUACUCAAAAAAACAAUGAAGGUUAUAUUCCGAAGGUGGUUGGAAUAGAAAAUUUCAAUGGUGAAAUUAUUCAUUCAAGUGACUAUAAAUUCGGUGAAAAAUAUAAAGAUAAAAAAGUGUUGGUUGUUGGAUUAGGAAAUUCUGGGAUGGAAAUAGCUUUUGAUCUUUCAAAUUAUGGAUGUCACACAUCAAUUGUUGUUAGAAGCCCAAUUCAUGUUUUAACAAGAGAAAUGGUGCAUAUUGGAAUGGUGUUGCUAAAAUAUCUACCAUUAUCUUUGGUAGAUAUUGUGAUUGUAAAAAUUGCAAAGUUUAAGUUUGGAAAUUUGGCAGAAUUUGGAAUACCACAACCAGAAAAAGGUCCAUUUUCUGUUAAAAUCUCAAAAGGUACAUCUCCAGUAAUUGAUGUUGGUGCCAUUGUCAAGAUUAAACUUGAAGAGAUUAAGAUCAUGCCUCCUCGUAGAGAUAACACACAGAAUGCUAAUGCACGAAAUGCUAACACAUUUUCUCCAGUCCUGAAUCAUGAGAGUGUAGCCAAUCAGAACAAUCAGCAGGCCACAGUUCCUACAAACACUAAUGGUGGAUCAGCUGUAGCUAAGGUUGGUGAGGACCCACAAAACUUUAUUGAUGAGGUUAAGAAGAUUCUUGGAGUAAUGAGAGUGACUCGAAUUGAGAGUGUUGAAGCUUUUCUGGACUGGUUCUUCCCAAGGGAAUUGAGAGAAGCUAAGGCACAAGAGUUUAUGAACUUGAAGCAGGGGUUAAUGUUGGUCCAAGAGUACGGGCUAAAGUUCACUCAUCUCUCCAGGUAUGCUCCACACAUGGUUGUCGAUUCAAGGGCACAAAUGAGUAAGUUCCUAUUUGGGGUAUCUGACAUGGUGAAGACCGAGUGCAGGAAUGCAAUGCUGUUAGGGGAUAUGUAUAUCUCCAGGCUCAUGACUUAUGCUCAUCAGGUUGAGGGAUAUAAGCUUAGAGAAAUGGCUAAGGACAACAAGAAGGCUAGAAUAGGGAAUUAUGAAUACUCUUAG